AAGCCAUUCUAUUCUCUGGUCUACUUGAUUUAUUUUGUUCGUAAUACUGUUGGAUCUUUUACACUUACCAACGAUUUGCAGCCUGAACCAAUUUGUGAUUUUCCAAGAAAUGGUGUAACAAAAUCCUGGAGGAGUGAUGAGUGUCCUAGUAAAACAUAAUAGUGAAACUGACUCCCUUGUUUCUAUACAUCUUUAAAAAAAAUUUGAGGACAGGACCCACUUUCAAAACAGACUAGUAAGGUCAAUAUGUAUAAAUGAUUCCUUGUCUAGUUAUUCUUGUAGUUAUAUACUGAAAUGGAAAGCAGGUGUUUAGUAGCAUGAAUUCUUCCUGAGUUUAUCUAGCGUGAAUUUAUGUCAAUGCCAAUAGUUGAGCCAAGUGGCUGUCUCGCAGUCACUGCUACUAAGUUGUAGAGCCCAAACAUGCCCACUCUUGUCGGCUGUGGAGGAGCUUUGGGGAAGCUAUCAAAUGCGUUUGUCAAAGCAGAAUCACCGUACUCCAAAGAUCAAGAUAGCAGCAAUGAACCCAGAGACCCUCAACAGAAAACUAGGCGUGUAGAAGAGUUCUAUGAAGAACUGGCCAUUGCAAAAGAAAUUGCUGUGAAUAAUUCAGUAACUGUUUCUGUAAGGAAGUGCCCUGAGACAGCUAAGAAUCUUCUAUGCUUAGAAACAGAUUUGCCUGAUCAUGUUGUUGUUCACUGGGGAGUUUGUAGAGAUGAUACUAAAAGAUGGGAAAUUCCAGCUGCCCCACAUCCACCAGAAACAGCAGUAUUCAAGGACAAGGCUUUGCGGACUCGAUUACAGCAAAAAGAGGGUGGAAAAGGAUGUUGGGCAUUGUUUACUUUGGAAGAAGGACUCGCAGGAUUUCUUUUUGUUUUCAAACUAAAUGAAAGUACGUGGUUGAAAUGUGCGGGCAAUGACUUCUACAUCCCUCUGUCCAGCUCAAAUCACUCAAUUGCUAUUGCUAUACCAAGAGAGGUUCCAUCUGAAGAUGCAAAGGUACCUGACCGUAGUACAGAAGCAUUUCAAGAAAAAAAAAAUUACUGCAUAUACCAAUGGAAUAAUAAAUGAAAUAAGGAACUUAGUGAGUGACAUUUCCUCUGAGAAGAAUCAAAAGACGAAGUCCAAAGAAGCACAAGAAAGCAUUCUUCAAGAAAUAGAAAAAUUGGCUUCUGAAGCCUAUAGUAUCUUCCGAAGCACUGUUCCAACUUUCACAGAGGAAGCAAUUUCAGAGACUGAAGAAUUGAAAGCCCCUGCCAAAAUAUGCUCAGGGACAGGCACAGGUUUUGAA